UUAUAUGUUGACUUAUAGUUGUUUAAAGUAGUCUAAAGGUUAAUAAAAAACAGCACAACAAAUAGUAUAAUUUUACAUAGUAGUUUACACCUAUUUAUUUCACUAAUAUAUUUUUGAUGGCUUCAGAAGCUAGAUAUAGGCUUCUGGCCGAUGACUAUGAAUUAACUUCUGUUGCAUGGGUGCCCUACAGAAGAAUUGGUCUUUCAGUAUUGGCUCUGCCUUUAAGUGCAUUUGUAUUUUGUGUAGUUUAUUCCAUACUAUUUAAUUUUGAACAUUCAACAUCAACACACUGCGGGGCAUACAAUGUGCUCCCUUCAAUCUCUGCUUCAAUUGGUUCCUAUUCACCACAAAAAGAAGUGUGGAAACUAGCAAUUAUUUUACAUGCCAUUCCCAGAUUAUUGAUGGUAUAUUUCGAUUUCUAUUACAAUAGGGAGGUUCUAUUUGAGAUAACAAAGAUCCCAUCUAUCAUAGAUACACUAUUACACAUUAUAGAAAAUGUUGCCUUAGUUUCAUUAACUUUAUAUGAUUCAUCAAAUUAUUAUUCAACUCAUGAAAAAUCUUUCAUGAUAUUCAUUCUCACUUCAGAGCUCCACAUGCUUUUGAUUGUGGCCAUGCAUCAGAGGUGUAGGAGAGUAGUUAGGAACAAAUCAGAAAUUAACAGCUUUUGGUGGAAAAAGUUCAUGGUAUGCAUAAAUGUUUUAGCUGUUAUAUUUUCUGGGUAUUUCUAUGUUUUACAUAAUGUAAGAUGCCCAAAUUAUGCGUAUACAAUGUUCGCUAUCUGUGAAUACAUAGUGGUCUUUUCGAAUAUGAUAUUCCACAUAACUUCAACUCUAGAUUUCGCUGAUCGUGAUCUGGUAUUUUAUCGAUAUGGAAUUACUAUGACCCAUCGACCGUUCGAUUAAAUGGACUAAAUGUGCACAUGAC